GCGUUGUCCUGGACAACAAACGACCCCGCGAAACUACAUAUAGCCUUCCCUUUGCGACCGGUCUCAUCGCCGCUUUUGUUCUCUGUCCUCUUUAUACUACUCUCCUCGCUGCCGCGCAGCCCACCUUUCUCUCCGCCAUGUCGACGACCAAGACGUCUACCCAGCAGCAGGCCGCUUCCAAGUCAAAGCACGGGCAUGCAGCAUCGCACGCGCAGCCGGCACCGCGAAAAGUGCGUUUCAACGUCGGCACACAAUAUCAGGUGCUGGAUGUCGUCGGCGAGGGGGCGUACGGGAUUGUGUGCUCAGCAGUGCACAAACCUAGCGGGCGGAAGGUCGCGAUAAAGAAGAUUGCGCCGUUCGAGCACUCGAUGUUCUGCCUGCGGACGCUGCGAGAGCUCAAGCUCCUCAAAUUCCUCAGCGAGGCUGGUGUCUCGGAGAACAUCAUUUCGAUUUUAGAUAUCAUCAAGCCUCCCUCAAUAGACCAGUUCAAAGAAGUCUACCUUAUCCAAGAACUCAUGGAAACCGACAUGCACCGCGUCAUCCGCACGCAGGACCUUUCCGACGACCACGCCCAGUACUUCAUCUACCAGACCCUGCGCGCACUCAAGGCGCUGCACUCGGCCGACGUCAUCCACCGCGACCUCAAGCCGUCAAAUUUGCUGCUCAACGCCAACUGCGACCUCAAGGUAUGCGACUUUGGCUUGGCGCGCUCGGUGAAGACGGCCGAGCCGUCGGGCACCGAGACGGGCUUCAUGACAGAGUAUGUCGCGACGCGGUGGUACCGCGCGCCCGAGAUCAUGUUGACGUUCAAGCAGUAUACGAAGGCCAUCGACGUAUGGUCGGUCGGGUGCAUCCUCGCCGAGAUGCUGUCCGGCAAACCGCUCUUCCCGGGGCGGGACUACCACCACCAGCUGACGCUCAUCCUCGACGUGCUCGGCACGCCCACGCUCGACGAGUUCUACGCGAUCACGACGCGCCGCUCGCGCGAUUAUAUCCGCGCGCUGCCCUUCCGCAAGAAGCGGCCGUUCAGCCAGCUGUUCCCGAACGCGAACCCGCUCGCCGUGGAUUUCCUCACGAAGACGCUGACGUUUGACCCUAAGAAGCGGAUUACGGUCGAGGAGGCGCUGGCGCAUCCGUAUCUGGAAGCAUACCAUGACCCUGAAGAUGAGCCCGUUGCACCUCCUCUGGACCCGGAGUUCUUCGAAUUUGACUUGCACAAGGACGACAUCAGCCGGGAACAGCUCAAGGAGCUAUUAUACGAGGAGAUCAUGUCCUUCCGCCCGGCACCCAUGACAUAAUCCAUGUGAUUGCUUGUGUAGGGAUUUUGGACGGCUGUAGAUGAUCUUUUGGCUGAUUUGGACUUUUGGUUUGGUUGACUUGCUUUGACGAGUAGGAGGGAUGGGAUGGGACGGGGAAGAAUACCACUUUGUAUCGUUUGUAACUUUUAUCGCACUCACGCAGCACGCAUGCACGCACGCUUACAUCGAACACGACUGGUCAAUCCAUUUCAUGCGUUUUUGGAAUACAAUGCCUUGGCU